CAAAAGACUCCCCUUCAAUUGGCAUUUGGCUUCAAGCUCCAGCAAUCUCUCUCUCUCUACUCCCGAUUCCUGGAAGCGUCAGAGGGUGGUUGAUCUCAGAUUCCGCUUUCGCUUUCUCGAUACACCUAACAUCAUUCCGUUUCGCCGUAUAAUUACCUGAUCGAUCGAUCGAUUCAUUGAUCGGCUUCUCUGAAUCACUUCGCCGGAGAUGGAUGAAGAGUACGACGUUAUCGUGCUGGGCACUGGUCUCAAGGAAUGCAUUCUCAGCGGUCUCCUCUCCGUAGAUGGCCUCAAGGUUUUGCACAUGGACAGGAAUGACUACUAUGGAGGAGAAUCCACUUCUCUUAACCUUGUUCAGCUUUGGAAGAGGUUUAGAGGCAGUGAAAAACCACCUGCUGAGCUAGGAUCUAGUAAGGAAUACAAUGUCGACAUGAUUCCCAAGUACAUUUUGGCAAAUGGCGCUCUUGUACGGGUUCUUAUUCAUACUGAUGUUACUAAAUAUCUAUACUUCAAAGCUGUUGAUGGAAGUUUCGUGUAUAACAAGGGAAAGGUCCAUAAGGUGCCAGCAACCGAUAUGGAGGCCCUUAAAUCUCCACUAAUGGGCAUUUUUGAGAAGCGCCGUGCUAGGAAGUUCUUCAUAUAUGUUCAAAAUUAUGAUGAGAGUGAUCCUAAAACGCACGAAGGAAUGGACCUAACUAGAGUGACAAGUAGGGAGCUGAUUUCAAAAUUUGGUCUUGAUGACAACACUGUUGACUUCAUUGGCCAUGCAUUGGCUCUACAAAGAGAUGAUCGCUAUUUAAAUGAACCCGCACUGGACACUGUGAAGAGAAUAAAGUUAUAUGCAGCAUCCCUUGCACGCUUUCAAGGAGGAUCACCCUAUAUUUAUCCUCUCUAUGGAUUAGGAGAACUGCCACAGGCAUUUGCACGACUUAGUGCUGUGUAUGGGGGAACCUACAUGUUAAAUAAACCAGAAUGCAAGGUAGAGUUUGAUGAAGAAGGCAAGGUUAUUGGUGUCACAUCUGAAGGAGAAACUGCAAAGUGCAAGAAGGUUGUAUGCGAUCCUUCCUAUCUAACCAACAAGGUUAGAAAAGUUGGAAAGGUUACAAGAGCAAUUGCAAUAAUGAGUCAUCCAAUUCCAAAUACCAACGAUUCACACUCAGUUCAGAUUAUACUUCCCCAGAAGCAGUUGGGACGCAAAUCAGACAUGUAUUUGUUCUGCUGUUCCUACACUCACAAUGUUGCUCCAAAUGGGAAAUUCAUUGCAUUUGUUUCGGCUGAGGCAGAAACUGAUCACCCUGAGAGUGAAUUGAAGCCUGGAAUUGAUCUUCUUGGGCCUGUGGAUGAAAUAUUCUUUGAGACUUAUGACAGAUAUGAGCCCGUCAAUGAGCCGUCCUUGGACAACUGUUUCAUUUCUACGAGCUAUGAUGCCACAACUCACUUUGAGACAACUGUAGAUGAUGUGCUGAACAUGUAUACUUUGAUUACCGGAAAGGAACUUGAUCUCAAUGUGGAUCUAAGCGCUGCUAGUGCCGCGGAAGAAUGAGGAAGGGACGCAUGCUUUUUGGUCUGUCGAAUGCAUUCCCAUCUUCUCCGGCAUUGCUAUAGUUACACUCCUAUGGUGACAUACUGAAUUUCUAAUAUAUGGUCUUGCUGUACUAUACUUUCUUACUGCUCCCUACCUGAGUUUUUAUCCUUAUUUCUUUUGGUCUUUUUUUUUUUUUUAAAUUUAAAAAAUCUCAUGUUGUGUUUGAACCAUGGCCUGUUCCUAGUUACAGCAUAUGCUAUGUUAAAUUUGCACUGCCAUUACAUGUGUUACUACUAUAUAAUUAGCCAUUCCCGCUGAAUGUUUCAUAUU